UCAGUGACUAUCGAGCUUUCAUCGCUUCAACCAUGAACAAAACGGAAAAGACAAUUCCGGUCGCAAUCAUUUACGAUCACAAAAAGGAUGUGCAGCUGAGCAUCCAGUUGAAUCGUUGGAUACUAAAGCCACUCGGGGCAUGGCCAAAGUCAAUCAAAAUUUCACGCGCAGAGAGAUGCGCAUAUGCGCUGGUGAAUAUUAUAUGCAUUUGUCUAAUCGCCUUCCUAUUCAUACCUUGCGCAAUCUUCGUGGCACUUGAAAUGGACGAUAUAUACAAUAUCUUGAAACUCACCGGGCCGCUGAAUUUCUGCCUCAUGGCCACUGUUAAAUACUCCGCAAUGAUCUUCCGCGAGAACGACAUCCGCAGCGGUAUUGAGCAUAUCACGAACGACUGGAUGAACACUCGGCAUUAUGGUGACCAUAAGAUCAUGACCAGGAGCGCAAAAUUCGGCCAGCGUUUAGUGAAGAUUUGCGCGUUCUUCAUGUACGGUGGUGCAACUUUCUAUUACCUCGCACUGCCGUUUAGUUUAGGCAAGAUUACAGAGAAUGACGGAAACUUAACGUAUCGGCCGCUGAUGUAUCCAGUUGCCAGUGUGAUCGUUGACGCGCGACGCAAUCCCAUCAACGAGAUUUUUUUCUGGAUGCAGUUCUUCUCAGGUUUCAUAGUACACUCCAUCACUACCGGUGCUUGCAGCAUAGCCGCCGUGUUCGCGAUGCACGCUUACGGCCGUCUGGAAGUUCUAAUGCAAUGGAUCGAACACUUCGUGGAUGGCCGAGAGGAUUUAUAUGACAACGUGGAUGAAAGAUUGGCGAUGAUCGUGCAACAGCACGUCCGAAUUUUAAAUUUUAUAUCGCUGACAGAUAAAAUAUUGCGUGAAAUAUCAUUAGUGGAAGUUGUAGGAUGUACAAUGAGCAUGUGUCUUCUUGGAUAUUAUAUUGUCACGGUAUGCAUAUCGUACAUAAAGUACGUAUCAUACAAAGAAAAUUGCUAUUUCAAAGAAUGGGAGAGUAAAGACAUGACAAGUUAUGUAACAUACAUUGUUUUAUACACAUCUCUUACGUUCAAUAUUUUUAUAUUUUGUUACAUCGGCGAUCUUGUUGAUAAAAAGUGUAAGGAAAUUGGCGAAAUAUCGUACAUGACCGAUUGGCAUCGUCUAUCGGGAAGAAAAAGCCUUAGUCUCAUCUUGAUGAUAGCUGUGUCCAACACGUCAGUCAAACUUACUGCCGGAAACAUGUUUGUGUUGUCUCUCAAUACUUUCGGUGACGUAGUUAAGGCAUCUUUCGGCUACUUGAACAUGCUGCGUACAGUAACUUCAUAAAAUUUGUCGGAAAUAGAAAAAUUAUUAAUACGCCCACACUGUAAAUAAAUGCCAAUUAGUCAUAUACGAUAAAAAAAAGGAAAGAAAUGUAAUGAAUAUAAUUUUAAUAAAUAUAAAAACGUAUUUACUAAAA